AUGCGGGAGAUUUCUCGUCGCGCCCUACCCGAGCGUAUCGGCGUCGCGGCCGUACCGGUCGACGUGUUCGCGGACAACCGCGACGAUUGGAAGCACCUGGUGCGCUUCGCCUUCUGCAAGCAGGACCACAUUCUUUCCGAAGCUGCACGCCGUCUCCACCUGCUCCAGGAGCAGCGCACCCAUGACAGCGCGGACCAUCCCGACCGCAUUCGUCCACCGCUACCUCGCGUUCUCGCCGGACAACGACGUCGGUUUGUCUGGUGCACUGCGAGCUGCUGGAUCGACCUGGAGACAUUGUCGGACGCUCGCGCACGGCUGACCCCAACUCAGGUCACCACCUUCAUCCAAACCACGUGGCAGAUCAACGACGACGAAUUGUUCGGCCUCGGAUCCGCCCGGUCCCCCGUGGCACUUUCCGAU